ACCGCUGAGCAAAGAAGAGCUUGCAAAAACGAAUUACUAAGAAAUGUUAUAAAUUGAAAAUCAGAAAUAAUGUCAACUUUAGAGCUUGUGUUACAAUUUCUCCUUCUUGGAGUUGUGCUAGUUUCUGGACAUUUUCGCUAUUCCAGGGCAGUGAAAUAUUCCCCAGAGCUGAUGAGCGAGUUACGAGACUUUGAGAAACUGAUACCAAGUGCCACCAUCGGUGAAAUCGUCGCCGAGCAUAUGAUUACGGAUUCCGGCUUUCGCAAAGCCGUAAAAUUUUUGCGCAGCUCCGAUUUCAAGAGGUUUCAACAACGCACAGAGUCUCUGCCCGAAGUUGUGGAUCUGAUUAAUUUUGUGCAUCUCAACGAUACGACGACCUUGAAAAAGAGGCGAACUCAUUGGUAUCAACACAAGCAUCAUCAUAAUUAUUAUAAGAGUCAUGACCUCGGCAACCGGCAUCGUCGAUCGCUGGACAAUUCGAUUAGCGAGGAACUUGUCUUUGUUCUACUUCAGCCGGUCGCAGAUACAAGAACUUUGGGUUCUUUCACUAGCUUCGUUCAGGAAAUACUCACUCAUCUGCCCCGCGAUCGGUUUGUGGCUCUGAUCAAGGAGAAACGCCAGAAAAGUGCCAUAUUUGCCAAAUUCUAUCAGGCCCUGAAGAGUCCGGAAUUCAAAGCCAAAUGUGAAGCCGCUUGGACCACUGCGAAUGUACAAGGCGUGAUUAAGGAGCUGUCAGGACAUCAAAUCAAUGCACAGGAUCUCAAAGCAAUUGGCUACGAAGUCAUCUCGUGGGGUCCAGCUUAGCCAGCAAAUUCCUUUGUUCUUUGUAGAAUAACAAUAAAGUCUGGCUCAUGUCUCUCAGA